GGAGUACUACUUAGCUUACACAGAAAAGUACUCCCAUCUUUUCCAACUAGACAUUAAGAUAUCGACUGAGAUGGGAAAAAAAACCAUACCCGAUUCUUUUAUAAGGUGGAUGGGCAUGGUGGUUUUGGCAUUGGUUGUCAGCCCAGGCAUAGCCACCAAGAGCGCAUUCGACUGUCGAACCCUCCUGGGACUACUUGCUCCAUGCCAACCUUUCUUCUUCUCUCACACCCGUUCGCCCAGUCCUGAUUGCUGUGUUGGUGCACAGGCGCUGGGCAUCAUACUUGAGUCGUCGGAACCGAACAUGAAAUCUUCCUGCUAUUGCUUGAAAGGGGCUGGAAGGCUGCACGCUGUCCCUCCUCCGGUAGUUAACCAAUUUGUUUCAUCCUGCAACAUCCAUAUCAACAUGACAAUUGAUCGCAACUUCAACUGUUCCAUAUUCUAAAUCACGACACGAAUCCGCCAAAGGAAGGAAGAGUCACUCCUCGCCACCAUGGUGGAAACAUAGCAUAAGAAAAUGUUUCUUGCAAACUUUUAAGUCUUUUUGUAUCGGUGUGGAACUUAUUACUGUAGCAAUAAUGAAGCAGAUGUUUCUUUA